AUGUCGGCCCCUCGGCGAGUCGGGGCACGGAAGCUCUCGCUGUCCUGCGCUGCAGCGACCCUGGCUUCGGCUGGCCUCGUGCAGAGGUGGCGGGCACCAUCCUUUGCGGCUUUCUGGGAAGGAAGCCGGCGCCCGCGCGUGCGGCUUUCCGCCGUCUCGGAGGACAACCUGCUGGGGCUGGAUCAGGACACAGUCGACUUGCACAGGAAGUACCACGAUGCGACCAUAACGUACACAGCCAUGAACAUUGAUUGGGCACAGGACAAGGGCUACGAGAAUGAUGGGGAGCUUUCCGAAACCGAGCGGGAUGCCGUGGCGCGCGCGGCCCGAGCUCGGCUCUUUCGCUGGCCGGAGCUGGAGGACCGCGAUAUGCACGCGGUGAACUUCGGACCCGAGCGUCUUCGCUUCUGUAAAUCUGCAGAUUCGGCUGAAGCUCUCGGAGAUCCAGGACAAAACGUCUUUGUGGUGAGCCAGAUGCGUCGUCCAUCCCGCUUGAGACAUGCGCUGAAUGAGCUGUAUCGCGAGGGCAUCAGUGCGAACAUCGUCGAUGCCGUUGAUGGAGAUGGCUUUCGCGCGCAGGAUGAACUGGAGAGGCUUGGCAUUAUCCCUGUCCCCGGCUACGAAGGCCACAAAAACCACGGCAUCCACCUCACCACGGGGGAGGUGGGCUGCUUCAUGAGCCACUUCACCAUUUGGCAUCACAUGGUCAAGCACAACAUUCCAGCCGCCCUCAUCUUGGAAGAUGACUUCGAUCUACAGCCCGACUUUGCGAUCAAGCUCGGCGAGUACCUCGAGGAGGCGCGCGGCUACGACUGGAACCUCCUGUACGUUGGGCGCAGCCCCACCGAACCGGAUUGGACACGGCUGUCGCAGCACGUCGUGGAGCCAGGCUACACGCUAUGGACGGUGGGCUACAUCAUGCGCCUGGAUGGCGCCAAAGCACUGCUGGAUGCCCGUGUGGAGCGCGCUUUCGCGCCUCUGGAUGACUACUUCUCCGUGGCCGCCGGCCGCGGAUUCGAUUGCUUCUACAAUGACAAGGUUUUGGAGUGGAAGCCCUACAUUCCGGUGCUUCUGCGACCAAUGGCUUUGACACCUCCUUUGGUGAUGCCGUACGUCGGUUCCAUGUUCCUCAGUGACACGGCGAAGGUGCGUGCCGCAACGCGGUAUGUGGAGGAUCUCCCGGUGUCCGUUCCUGACGAGUAG